AUGGGGGCCUACAAGUACCUGGAAGAGAUGUGGCGCAAGAAGCAGUCGGAUGUGAUGCGCUUCCUGGCCCGCCUGCGAAACUGGGAGUUCCGCCAGCUGCCCGCGGUGCAUCGCUGCACCCGGCCUACACGCCCCGACAAGGCAAGGAAAGUCGGCUACAAGGCGAAGCAGGGCUACUGCAUCUACCGCGUCCGCGUCAAGCGCGGUGACCGCAAGAAGAGAGUGGCCAAGGGCAUCGUGUACGGCAAGCCCGUCAAUCAGGGUAUCAACAAGUGGAAGGCCGUGAGGAACCUCCGCAACAUCGCCGAGGAGCGGGUCGGCCGAAAGUGUGGAGGGCUCCGAGUGCUGAACUCCUAUUGGGUGGCCCAGGAUGCCGUGCACAAGUGGUUUGAAGUUGUCAUGGUGGAUCCCUACCACAAGACCGUCCGCGACGAUCCGCGCAUCAACUGGAUCUGCAAGCCCGUGAUGAAGCACCGCGAGCUACGCGGGCUGACGGCGGCUGGCAAGAAGGCCCGUGGCCUUCUCAAGAAGGGCAAGAGGGCCACCAAGCUCCGGCCAUCGUACCGUGCCGCCUACCGCGUCAUGGUCGCCACAGCCUCCUGCGACUCCGCCGCUAUCGCUGAGAUCCGCCAAGCAGAGCAGGACUUCAUUGUUGCCCUCCGGUCGAACAGCAAUUACCUGCAUGCACCAAAUGGCGACUUUGUGCGGCUUGUGUCGCCUCUCUCUGAUCCGGGCGAGACAGUCCAGCUCCAGACUUUCGAGGAGGGCGACGACAGCCCACGCACCCCGCGGCCUCAGAUCACCCGCUCGGUCUCCGACCCGGCCGUCCGAACGUCCGGAGGGCUGCAGUCGCCGCGCAGCCAUCGCCCCCGACGGAACUCGACGUUGACGAGCAAUGUGUCGGAUUUCUUCCUCACGAUGAAUGGCAGCCACCCGGGCCCGGAGGAAGAGGAGCAGAGUGAAGAACAAGAGCAAAUGCGGCACGCGAUGAGCGACCAGCCUGCGGGCCGCCUGGAGCUCUUUGUAAGGUCAAGCUCCGGAGUCAUUCGGCAGAUGGUGGAGGAAGAACAGAAGAGAUGGCACGAAACACAGGAGCAGUGGCUCCUCGCAGCGAAAGCGGCGAGGGACGAAGACCACGAGGUACAAGCAAUACAUGUCUACUGUAGCCGGGCAUAG